AUGGUGUACAGCAAGAAAGACCUAUUAGCCGCAAUUGAUGCUGUUCAAAACGGAGCUUCUAUAAAAAGAGCCGCUUUAGACCACAAUGUCCCAAGAACAACUCUAUCUGAUAAACUGCAUGGCAUCAGCAGAAUCGAUGCAAGAAAAGGUCCUUGCUCUAUUUUUACCCCUGAAGAAGAGGCUAAGCUAGUAAAUUGGAUCUUCACAUGCAGUAAAACCGGCUUUCCUAUCAACGAUGAGCAACUUCUCAUCAGUGCAGGAAAAUAUAUUGAAGAGUUGAAGAGAGAGAAUCCUUUCACCAACAACACCCCGGGUAAGAAAUGGCUAAAGCUAUUUUUAAAAAGACAUCCUGAAGUGCGACUGCGAACGCCCCAAAAUUUAACCAUUUCCAGAGCAUGCGUGACCAAAGAAACAAUAGUAAAAUGGUUCAUUGAAGUGGAGGCAUAUCUAAAAGAGAAUGGAUACUGGGAAAUUUUGGAAGAUCCUGAACGGGUAUUCAAUGCGGACGAGGCUGCCUUCUUUUUCAACCCCAAAGGCACCAAAGUUCUAUGUGAAAGGGGCAUGAAAGAUGUUUAUAAUUUGAUAAGCACCAACGAAAAGGAGUGCUUGACUGUCCUUAUGACUAUUAAUGCUGCUGGGAAAAUCCUUCCUCCCACCGUCAUUUUCAAAUAUGUCCGGGUCCCUAAAGCCAUCCUUGAAUCAGUUCCCUCAGAUUGGGGUGUUGGUGUUGCUGACAGCGGCUGGAUGACAGCUAAAGGAUUUUAUGAGUUCAUGGCCAAUAUUUUCAAUGACUGGGUGGAGAAACAAGGCAUAAAAAGGCCAGUAUUAUUUUUUGUUGAUGGCCACAAGUCCCACGUGACCUAUCAACUUAGCAAAUUUUGUGAGGAGAAUCAAAUUAUUCUCGUCACCUUGCCACCGAAUACGACCCACAUAAUGCAGCCCUUGGAUGUUGCUGUGUUUCGAAGUUUAAAAAGAAAUUGGGUCCAGACCACAAAUGAUUUCAGAGUUGAAACAACAACCCAUCAUCAGAAAAGCAGACUUCUGUCCAUUGCUUAG